GUUUCACAACGAUACAUGGGGGAAAACUCAAGAUUUUAGCGUUCGCAACCGAAACAGGGGAUGGAUUCUUCUGAGAAUCCAGACAACCGGAGAACGCGUAACCGGUAUUUCCUGCCAAAAUCCAUUGACAAAGCCGCAAUCCAGGCAAGGACGACAUCCACUGGACAAAUUGUCAUCCUACCGAAACACACACUACAAUCGAAUAUCCAGUCGUAACAAUGGUUAAAUUAUCACUCUCAACGCUGCUAUUUCUGCUGUCGACAGAGUCGACCUUGGCGUUCGCUCCGUCCGCGUUCAAAAGUGUUUCGUCAUCGCUGAUGGAGUUGAGAGCUUCCUCCUCUUCUGACAGUGAUCUUGCCGAUUGUUUGGUUUUGGGAGGCGGAAUUUCCGGUAGCACUCUGGCGCACAACUUAAAUAAAAACGGCGUUGACGUUGUCCUGGCAGAAGCUCGGGACUAUUUGGGAGGGAACGUCAAAUCGCACCGCACAGAGGAAGGAUUCUUGUGGGAGGAAGGCCCCAACUCGUAUGCAACACAGCCCAGCGUCGUUCGAAUUGCUUACGAGCUGGGCAUCGACGACCAAUUGGUAUUUGCCAAUGAAUCGUUACCACCGUGGGUCAACCACAACGGGAAGCUCCACCCGCUGCCCAAAGGGCAGGGGGGAAAGGGCCCGAAGGGACAAAUCGAGCUCGUCUUUGGACCAAAUGGUGUCCUGAAAUUCGCCCUCUUGGGGCAACUCCUAUCGUGGCCUGGAAAAAUUCGUGCGGGUAUCGGUGCCUUCGUGGGUCACGCCCCCGCUCCCGAAGGCAAGGAAGAAACCAUUCGUGAAUGGGUGACUCGUAUCUUGGGAGAGGAGGUCUUUCUGAGAUGCAUUGAYCCCUUCGUGUCGGGUGUUUAUGCCGGGAAUCCCGAGACGUUGGCCAUCAAGGCAGCCCUGCCAAAAAUUGCUCGCAUCGAAGAUAUUUCUUAUUCAAUUGGUUGGAACAAAUUCGGAGCUCUUUUCUACGGUGGUCUAAAGAGACAGGUCGCUUUGACGAAAGAACGAAAGGCCGACCCACCCGCUCCCGAAUGGCCCGAGUUUGAGUACGGAAACCCCGGUUCCUUCCGAGACGGACUCGCCACACUGCCGAACGCAAUUGCCAAGGAACUCGGAGAAAAGAUUCGAUUGGAACACAAAGCAACGAAAAUCGAGAAGAAGACCAACGACGACGGCAGCGAAUACUAUGAGGCGACAUUCGAAACACCAAAAGGAACCAAAACUGUCAAAGCGAAAACUGUUGUAUCUACUGUGCCUGCUCAUUGUAUUAGUGAUGUGCUCGAACCCGUGAUGGAAGAAUCCAAGGAAAUCUUCGAGAAAGUCCGAAAGGACAUAGAUCGCAUCGGGGUCUACUAUCCUCCCGUUGCAGCUGUUACCGUUGCGUAUCCCAAAAAAUCGUUCAAGGAUGUGGAACUGCCAAAUGGUUUUGGAAACCUCCAAGACUUGCCUGGGUUUGGUAGUCUCAAUCCCCGCUCUGAAGGAGUACGAACGCUUGGAACUCUCUGGUCGUCGUCGCUUUUCCCCGGGCGUGCUCCCAAGGAUUACAACCUGUUGUUGAAUUACAUUGGUGGGUCGCGAGAUGUUGGACUUGCCGACUUGUCGGAAGAAGAAAUUAUUGCCGAAGUCGACAAGGGAUGCCGACAGGUAUUGCUUAAAAGCGACGCACCUCCUGCUAAGGUUAUUGGUAUGAAGGUAUGGCCUACCGCCAUUCCUCAAUACGAAUUGGGACAUUUGCCAAUCAUGAAAGAGCUUGAAGAGGCCGAAGCGAAACAUCCUGGACUUUGGGUAUGUGGUAAUUACCGAACCGGUGUUGCCUUUCCCGAUUGCGUAACCUUUGGAUACGAAAAAGCCAAGGAAGUCAAGAGCUUUUUGGACGCACGAGAUAAUGAAAAAGAACCCGUGAAGACUACAGAAUCCAAAGAAGCAACAGUUAAAGUCGUUGGCAAGGAAGAAAAAGAAGAGGAGGACACCGCCAAGGUCGAAACUGUUGUUGACGAUAUGAAGGAAGAGGAAGUUACUGCCGCUGCCGUUGAGAAAGAAAAGAAGGAAGAAGAGAAAGAAGAGGAAACUGCUUCCGUUGUCGUCGAAAGCAUGGCGGAUGAUACGAAGGAAAAAGAAACAACGGAGAGAAAGAUACCGUUUUUCCUGACAGAGAAGAAAGUCGAAAAAGAAUUGACAAUAUGAUACUACGAUAGAGUAAUACACUUCUUGUAGAAACAGGGAAAUGCACUAUUUUUGAAAAGGUCGAUUAUUAUAUUUGUCUUGAGGUUUUUGCAGGCACGUGCAAACCAAGAUAUCGUACGAACUUUCCCUCCAUACUUCUUGCUGAAUAUUGGUGAAGAGUUUGCAUUUUAUUUUCACUUCGACAAUUCUCAAAAGAUGGUUCUAUCUUGAACUUAUCUUUACUACUCUAUUUUGUCUUGCGUCUCUUUGUAUCGGGUUGUUGCAACAAAAUAUACAUCUCGUCACUUUGGAACUUUUUCAAGAUCUCAUCAACGCCACAGRUGGGAGAUGGGAAGGAUUCAUUGGCGAAUUCUACCUCCUCCUCAUGGUUCCGAACCGUUGAUGGCGUUCUUGAUUGCACUUUCCGUUGUACCGUUUGAUCAUUCUUGAGUUCAAGAAGAAUUUCUAGAUUCGUUUUGCUCAUGAGCCGAAGGAAUUGUGGUUCUGAAAGGCAAUUUUUUCGGAUCAUCAUGGCAAGCUGGCGUAUUCUUUCGGAAACAAAGUGAUUCGAAGCCACAAUUUCCUGGAAGUCGAUGAUUUUUUUCAGAUUCGAUUCUUUUCGGCUACGCUUCUUGGCGUCCUGCGACGAACGAUAUUGACCUACUAGUAUAUUGCGAAGACAUUGGGACACUUUUUCGCGGGCCCUUUCGGCGUCUAUGAGCUUCCAGCUGCAUCGACCCUUGAUGGUUUCCGUGACCGCAAUCUUUUGGACAAAACCGCCACUGGGGCUCUUUGUUUGAAUGUGUUGAAUAAUAUCUCGGACAAUCUUGGAUUUGUCCUUUUUCCCAAACGUCUUAGAAUACUCUUUGGCUCGCUUCUGCACGACAGCACGGAAAUAUAUGUUUCCAGUAUGAACCUUUGCCUUUUUUCCUUGACUACAAAUGACGUCGAAUUCUCCCGGUUCGAAAUCAAUCGGUAGGGCCUGGUUUAGGAAGAUAAAAUCCGUCGCUUCUG